CCACGCAGCAUCAGUGUAGACAUGGGAAAAUUGUUGCUGGACGAGAACUCUCCUGCAGAGCCCCUGCACCAGAGGAACUCAAGCCAUGGCCACCCCUUGGGCAAGUUAACUCGUCGCCGCAGCAACCUGGAGGUGAUAGACACGCCCAUUUACGACACCAGCAACAUCUACGGCAUCUCAGCCAUGGACGGGGUGCCGUUCGCUCUGCAUCCCAAGUUUGACACCCAGAUGGACGGCGCUUGUAGUGUUAAUGUACAGCUGACCAAACUAAACAACAUCCGUAUCAAGUCUCUCCAGGACAUUGAGAACGAGUACGACUACACCUUCAGUGUGGAGAAAUCUGCCGCCAGCCGGACCAGUCCUAUGCUGUCACAGGCCUAGAGCACAGCGCGAGGACCAUGUUUGUUACACACACUACCCAUCUACCUUUACCAGGAGAACAAGCCCAACCUCCUAGUGCACUGCAGUCUGUUUCACUCCAGGUUUUACCAUCUGUAAACCUCCUGCAUAGAAGUGACACCUAAACCGGAACAUUUCUGGCUUGUCAUGGAACUUGGAGUGACUAUGCACGGAUGUGUGCGAUUAAAUUAAAAAUACAGCCUAUAUUAUUCUGUUUCCUUGCACCAGCAAAGCUUUUACAGCACCCUCCUGCCAUUGAUAAAACCUGGAGCGGAUUAGGCUGCUACGCACUAAGAGUCUGAUUCUCACAGUUGUGAAAACCUGCUGAGAACAUUUUUGGAAUUCCGUGCAAAGAAGAGGAAGAGAUGGAAGGGGUAGUUCUCAGUGGAGUUAGAAUAUAAAAAGCAGGCCUGCACAGCUAGUUUCUGUCUAGAACAGUUGAUGCUGGGGCUGUGUGAAACCCAAUCCUGACCUCCUGUCACAGCCCCCUUACUCUUUCUGUGUUCGAACCCGGGACCCUAUUCUCCCCUUCCCAGAUGAUGGCUGCUGCUCGAUGGCAUGCCCGGGUCGGACGGUGCAUCAAAUUCUGUUUCGAGACUCGGGACGCCGCUGUCCCCCAGCCUGCCGGGCCCAUGUGGGGGUGUGGGCUGAUCCCCUCAUGAGACUCCUGCCCCCCCCCCCAUCCCAAUCAGGGUCUCCCGGAGGGAUGAGUAUCUCCCCUAUUAGCCUCUUCGGCAUCGUGCUUCCCUUUGCCGGUUUUCCAGAUGGUUUUUAAAGUCGCUCUACCUGUGCCCCUGCUACUCGGCUCCUGCAGCCAGGAACGAUUUGCAAUUUUGCCCCCCUCCCUCGAGCCAAACGCUAGGAAGUAGCUGCACUGCUGGGAUCCAGUCAAGUCCGAUCCCAGCCUGUCCGCCCUCCUGGACCGAUAACAGUGCAGAUGGUCCUGUUCAGAACUGGUUUGUGUAGAAGUGCCAGUGAGACCAUUGCACUCCCAGUUCUGGGCACCCUGUGCAACAGACAGCGCAGCAGGCAGAACCCAAGACUUGAGGCCCGUCAUGCUGGCCCAUCUGCCCUGAUCUGUAGUUAACUUCUAAUUGAUCUGAGGAUCUCCAGUCAUUUCAUAUAGGAAACUGGGCAAGUUUGUACCACACUCCCACAACUCUUUGUGUAAAGAAAAGCCUCCUGUUUUCAGCUGGAACAGGUGCUGUUUGUCAAAAGUAUGACAGUUGUUUUAUUAUUUAAAAAUGGGAACAUAAGUUAAUUUUUGUCUUCAUGAAGUUGUUUUAACCUGCAGUCAAGAGAGUGUUUCUGCAAUGUAUCCUUAUAUACGUUAGAUUUCUAUUGUAUAGAAUUUACUUGUAUUUCACUUUGAGGUUUUCGGAACUCAAGCUAAAAUAAGUGUUUUAACAGGUAAGAAUUUAGUUACUUGUAUUUAAACUAGUCUUUACUGGUUAUAAAACUAUUGGAAAAUGAAGGAGUUAAACCUGGUUCUUUCAGUGAAGUAGCAGACGGGAAUAUGCACUGGCCUGUACCCUUUGUGCUGACCCUAGACACAGAAGGAUUAGAUGGGCUGUGAUGUCAUUGUGAUGCAUGUUCUCUCCGUAGCAAUACGGCCGCCCUUCGCCAGACAAUGCGUUGCUACACUGCUAAGGAAACACCACAGCGAAAUGACAUCACCAGCUCCCAUCUGGUCUGUGUCUACAAUCCUGCUCCUCUGGUCUCUCUUUUCAAUGUAAAUACAGCUUGUUCUGGGGUUAAUAAAGUUGCAUAGACCAAG